UGCGAAUUUCGCAGUACGUUGAGAAUCUCGCUCAUAUGUAUGAGCUAGUGCAGUUAUGCAGUUUACAUUACAGCAAAAUACAUAUUUUCGCGAAUUUGAUGGACAUUAAGUAAUUAUAAUAUCUCAAAUAUUCUGCAUAUCCACCAGGUUUACAACAUUAAUAAACAUAAUUAUGUACACUAUUAACUAGAAGCUGUGAACGAAAGUGUCUAGUCUUGACAUAUGUAAAUCAUCGCAUUUUAUCGAGUGAUUCUUAAUAUAUGCAAAUUCUACAAUACUCACUUAAAGUAAAUCAUGAUUGCCUUCACAACUAUUUUCUGGGUCUUCAUUUCUCUCAUCUUCGGUUUCAUCGCGCUCAUCAUCUACUCUACGAUCCGUCUAAAACUUACUUUCCGUUCUAAAAAUGUCCUCUACCUGGCCAAAGCUCCUUUCUUCACCGUUUAUUAUUUGUACAUCAAGAAAAAGGCGAGGUUCGAACUUGGUCAGAUGAAUUAUGAUCAAAUGAAAGCGGCCAAAGUACCAGUGGCAGCCGAUACCGAUAUGGGAUCCAUAAAUUACACGGUGACCGACCUGGAAAUAUUGAAGCACAUCUUUGUCAAAGAUUUCGACCACUUUGUUAACCGACGAGCUUUCAAAAUGCCAGAUAACGACAUCCUCAUCAAGAAAAUGCUUGUAUUUCUCAAAGACGAAGAGUGGAAGGGGUUGAGGUCAAAGUUGAGUCCGACCUUCACCACGGGAAAGAUUAAGCGUCUCUUUCCCCUGUUCAAUGAGAGUGCAAAGAAGCUCGUGAAGUACGUGGAUCAAAUGAUGAUGGAAUCGUCCCAUGGCGAAAUUGACCUUGGCGAUGGAUACUCAAAAUUUACCAUGGAUACGAUCGCGUCCGCUGUUUGUGGUAUGAACUCACAAGCCUUUGAUCAAAAGGAACCCUCAAUAUUUGAACAAGUGGGAAAAUCGAUACAGAUUACGUUCAACAUGAAGACCUUGGUCAGGUUUUUAAUCCUCUUCGGAUUUCCAAGGUUGGCUGGAAAGUUAGGAAUUACAAUAUUUGGAUCCGUUUUGCACCAAUUUUUCGACGGUGCAGUAAAAUCUUCGAUUAAAGAGAGGACCACAACGGGUCAGAAGGGGAACGAUUUCAUCCAAUUGAUGUUGGAAGCGAGAGAGAACAAGUUGAAGACGGAGGAGGAAGAAUUGUCCAAUUUUGAGAAGGACGCCAUCAUCACGGGCGAGGUCAAAGGUCAAAUUUCCGAAAUGUUGGAUGACAAUGGGAUCGUGUCAAAUUGUGUGCUAUUCAUCCUCGCCGGAUUCGAUACGACGCAGUCACUCCUACUUUUUUGUGCGUAUGCGCUCGCAAUUCAUCCAGAAAUUCAGGAUAAGUUGAGGCAGGAAGUGGAUACCGUUUUGGAGGAGAAUGAUGGCGAUUUCACGUACGACUCGAUACAUAGAAUGGCAUAUUUGGACAUGGUUAUCAAUGAAACGCUGCGAUUUUAUCCACCUGCACCAAUUACGGAUCGAAAUUGUACUCGUGACUACGUAUUUCCUGGAACUGAUAUCACCGUUAAGAAAGGGGAGGCAGUGACAAUCCACAUUUAUGGAAUUCAUCACGACGAAGAAUAUUAUCCCGAACCUGAAAAAUUCGAUCCGGAACGAUUCUCGCCAGAAAACAGGGGCAAAAUUAAUACAUAUGCUUUCCUUCCGUUUGGCCAGGGACCGAGGAAUUGCAUCGGAAUGCGAUUCGCCUUGACCGAAGUUAAACUUGCAAUUGCCCAACUUGUCCAUAAUUUUGAUAUCGAGCCCUCCAGAAAAACCACGAUUCCGAUGGAGUAUCAUGAUGCAGGAUCUCUCAAACCUAAGAAUGGCAUGUGGCUGUCUCUAAAGCGAAGACCAGGGACAACUUCGGACUAAUUUUAUAUUCAUAAAUACAGAUCUGAUUAUAACGGUAAAUUUAUGAAAGUUUAAAAUGAUUACUAUUCUCUUAAUUAUUGCCCAUGUCAUCCGCGUGUUUAUUCUUUAAAAAUUGCAUUUAUCUGUAUACACAUUAUAAGUAGGUAUCUAACAUUGGCUGAUACUUAUGGCUCUCUCCUUUAGAUAGGUAUGUACCUUCGCCGUUGGCCCAUAUAGUUAUAAGGGAGUAAAGGGAGAUUAUGAUUAUGAUUACGGAGACGUUUUACCAGUGAUAAAACCUAGUGAAAAUAAAUUAAAAAAACUCGUGCACCAAACA